UAUUCUAUAUAUUGGUUAUUGAACCUCGUCACAAAGAUAUUGUCUAUUGGUAUAGGCGCUAUUUAUGCCUUAAAUGCAACUAACGGUAAAGCCUCUUACGCGUGCUGAGAAGGUAGUCCAGGUGGAUGAUGAUGCAUACGUUUCAGAUCUAUUGGCUGCAGUGAAGUGUGCCUUUGAUAUUGAUCCUGAGUAUCAGCGCUUAGUCUUUAAAGGAUGUCCUUUAUUAGACAAAGACAAGCCUCUACUAAAUUAUGAAAUCAGGGAUGGAGACAGACUCACCUUACUAACAAAAAGUGCACCACAACGAAGUGACUUUGAGUCUCUUUUGCGCAAGUAUUUGGCUGAGAAACUUCCUGAAGUUAAUCCAGAUUUUGUGGUCUCGAAAUUUCUCCAGGUAAGUUGAUUAACUCAAGUGCUUCUCAUGAUGUUAAAGUGUGUAUCUGUCAAGCCACAAGUACCAUUGACAUAUUGAUCAUUAACAUUUGUCUCACAUUUGUCAUAUGUGUAAUGUAGACAUAUAUAUAUCCCCUAGUUGUUAUUUAUUGAAAGAUGGCCUCAAAUAUUCUCUCUUCAAAUCCUCGAACACAGACAUUCCCUUGAUCAACUCAGUUCUUGACUUUACAAAGACAUCAUGACUGCGAAUUAGUUCUUUGGAAUCCAGCGCUGCGUUCAUUCUAUGGGCGAAGUACUACUGUGUAAUAGAUAAUCUCCAUUAUCUAUAUUAAUCAAAGCCGUGUGAAUUGUUUAAUAAUCGGUCGAUACUUCAUGAUUGGUACACUGUAAUCUUGAGGAAACGUUUCGAUGCUGAGGUGUUUUUAAGUAUUAAGUUUGUAUUUCUGUGCGGCAAAGCCCCAAGUAGUAUAUAUAGAAGAAAUUUCAUUAGACGUAAUCUUGUCUAUAGUGUAAAGUCAACACUACUUCGUCUUAUCAUUGUAAAAGUCCACAUACCUGAUAUACUGAGAGUACGAUUUUUCAGCAGUGUCGUCCCACUAGCUGUACAUAACGUAAAGUUCGAUGCAUAUCCAUCUUUUCAAGUUAACAUACCACGCCAGCACAAGAAAAUGUCAGUUGUAUAAGCUGUAACAGCAUUAGUGGGUUGAUACUAACUUAUGAGUGAACCAAUAAGAUCUAAGAUAGAAAGUCUUGGAUAUUUGGCUCGAAAUCUAUCCACCUAUUUGGUUAGAUAGCAUUUUAACACUAUAGUUGAUGACAACUCUAACAUUAAUUACUAAUCU